CUGUCACUCAUAUGCAUACUAAAGGAUGGCUACUUUAAUCUCACGGUUGCUCCAGAAGGUUGUCAAGAGUGCCAAUGCAGUCCAAUAGGUUCGUUAAGUUCUCAAUGCCGUCGUGACAACGGCCAGUGUAGCUGCAAGCAAGGCUUCAGUGGACGGGCUUGCAGCGAGGUUGAAGACGGUUAUUAUAUCAAGCCGGGAGGACAGAUUAUCGACACCCCUGGUAGAGAAGGCACAAUAACUAUAGUCGGACCCAAGGAAGAGGGAAAAUUUAUUAUUGUGCUAGACGUAGACCCACGAAAGUUUUCCAAAGGUGAUCGUUGGACGAUCAUAGUAAAACCUUAUCAGACUGGAGCUCGGAGAUGCAGCAAUAGACAACACGAAUUUGCAAUCUCGCAAGACACCCAAAAAUUAAUUAUCCCUGACGUCUGUUUGGAGGCCGGUCUUCCGAUAACAUUGGAAAUACUUCCUAGACCUGACAUGCCGACAGGGUUUUCACAUAUUCUUAUUUCCGACGUAAGUUAA